AUGGCUCAACAACAACCACAGGACGACAAUGUGAUGCGAAGAAAACUGGUAAUUAUAGGGGACGGUGCCUGCGGGAAAACUAGUCUGCUGAGUGUCUUCACGCUGGGUUAUUUCCCAACUCAUUACAGUCGAUGGUCGGUCCGUUCAAUUGGCGUUGUGGGAUACCGCUGGUCAAGAAGAUUACGAGCGACUACGUCCAUUGGCAUAUUCAAGGCACAUGUGAUCUUAAUUGGUUUCGCCGUCGAUACGCCAGAUUCAUUGGAGAAUGUAAAACACAAGUGGAUCGUAGAGGCCAAUGAACGAUGUCCCGGUGUGCCGAUUAUUAUGGUCGGGUUGAAGAAAGAUCUCCGUGAAGACUCGCAUGCAGUUGAGGAGAUGAGGAAGAAGUCGCUGCGAUUUGUGACCCCGAAGGAAGGGAGUGAAACGGCCACCCAGAUCGGAGCUAGAAAAUAUCUCGAAUGCUCUUCCCUGACGGGAGAGGGAGUUGACGAUGUGUUCGAAGCGGCCACCCGUGCAGCUCUUCUGACAUUCGAUAAACGGAAAGGCUCUUGCUGCAUUGUUCUAUAA